AACGGUCACACUGUUUGGUUGAGAACUUUGGUGAAAACGCAGCGGAUUACGACCAGCGCAGCUAAAUGCCUAAUCGCGAAAUUGUUUACAAAAGUUUUGUUUUUUACCCGUUCAUGUGAACGUGAAUGUGGAUAUGAAUGUGGAUGUGAAUGUGAAUGUACAUACAUACAUAUAUGUGUCUCUGUGUUCGUGAGCGUGUUAAAUAAAAUUCUUAACCAGAAAUCCAAAAAUUGCGAUUCUGCAAUCGUUUUAACAACACAACCAAUUUUUAUUGAUUAAUAAACACAAAAAGAUUCCCAAAGAAGGCGGCAUAUCAAUGUCGUACAAAAGAAAAUAUUUUGCAUAGCGCAUAGAGAUAAAUCCAUCGAGACUCAGCAGGAGCAGCGAGAUCCCAAGCAAAAAUCCAAAGAUAUAAACGCAAAAUAACCAAAUGGCCACGAACUGCGACUUCAUCGAGGAGCAAGUGAAGCAGCAGCCGUUGGCCAAUGCAGCAGUAAUGGGCGUCCAGGAGGAUAAGGGCCAGGAUGCCAAGGAGAAACCCGAGCAGCCGGAGAAGCCGCCACCUGCCAAUCCCUAUCAGCCAUUCGAGGAUAGUUUUGAGUGUGCCUUCGAGUCCACCAUGGAUGACCUUGAGCAGGGUGUCCUGGAUGGUUAUGAAACCGACUCGGAGGCAAGUGCCAAUGAACAGGUCACGGAUUCCGCUUCAUCCGGCAGCCUGGGACAAGUCGUGCAGCAGCGAGAGGAGCGGAUGAGGGGCUUGCCAGGUGCUCUACAUGGCCAGCACAUCAACUCCGAGAUGCUCAGCUGCAUACCGCGAUCGAACUCUUUUGACUUUCACAGCAGCAGUGGCAGCAGCAGCGAUGAUGAGGAUGAUCCGGAUGACGAUGAUGAUGACAAUGAGGGGGAUGAAGUGCACCACAGUCUGGGACUGAGUCUCAGUGGGAAAUUUGCUAAGGUUGAUCUCUAUUCGGGUCACCAAAGGAAUUUUCAUUUGCUACCUCCCUACAUUGAACGUCGUCGUUUGUCGCAGUGUAAAGAGGAGGACGACGAGGACGAGGGUGAUAAGACCCAGUUGGGCGGAGGAUCAUCUCAAGGAGAAGUAACUAAAUCCGAGAGAGCUUCCAAGGCACCACCACGACCUCCAACGCCGCAGGAUGAGGCGUCCAAGGAGAAGUUUAAGGACCUGGAGAGGCUGAGGCAGCAGUUUAUGCACAAGAUCGAUAGGAUUAAUACGCGGAAUAUUGAGGAGAGUGAGGCGCCACCGCCGCCACCUCCUCCGCCGCCACCCAUACCAGCCACGAUUCUACCAAAGGCCCUGAAGGCGUUACUUCACACCCAGGAACCACCAUCGCCUCCACCUCCAGUUAAUCCACCAAAUCCUGCUCCGGUCACCAGCUUGGAUUUAGCCAAGGAAACCCCAGUUCCAGUGGUGCAGGAACCGGUAUCACCUCUUCCCUUGCCCACGGAACCGCCACUAAUUAUCAAGGGCAAGUUUAAGGUGUCCCUAGCCCAGGAGACGCCUGAACUGCGAGUUGAGGCCAAGGAAUUGAGCAAACUGAAGGCCAGCUCCAAUGCCCACACCAUCAGCUUUCCCUCCAGUUUCGGGGGCUAUUCCUCCGUGCAGGGUUUAUUCUCCCAGCGAUAUGGCUCCAAUCGGUUUCCCGUUGCCGCACCGCAUCUGUCCAAACAGUUCUUCGAGCCAUCGCUGGUGGAGAUUCGCACACCGGCCCAAAGCAACGUGGCCCUGAAUACAACUGGCCUGGGCAAUAGCAAUCACCAAAGCCUCACUUGUGAUACAAAUAGUUUAGCCAACAAACCGCGAACGCCCAGCGAACGGGAGCUGGACGAUAUCUGGAUAAAGCGGCAGGAUGGAGCAGCGCCUUCGCUGGCUCCUCCUUCAUUAUUGCAACAGCAACAACAGCAGCAGCAGCAGAGGCCUGUCUCCUUGGGCGGUGCAUCGACCAUGCCUCGUUUGCUGAGGAGCGAAAGUGGUGCCUCCAACACGAGUCCCUCUCGCCAGCUGACCAACUCGGGAUCUGUUUCGGUUUCUGUGUCGGAUGAUGAGCAAGAUGGCAGCCUCGGUGGAACCGGACGGAUACCAGGAUCCCGACCUUCCAGUGCCCCCGCAGAGCCAAAUGCCAAGGCGGCGAAGAAGGCCUACAAAAAGAUGGAGAAGGAGCAGCGACGCCAAGAGAAGGAGCAGUCGCGGCGGGAAAAGGAGGCCCGCAAGCUGGAGCGCGAAACGGCGCGACGGAUUGAACGCGAGGCAGCCAAGCUGGAGAAGAUUAACCGACACAGCGAGAAGAUCUCACGCAGCACAGAACGGAUGGCUAUGGCAGGCGUUGGAUCAAGAUCCGGUUCACUGGAACGGCGGAGAAGUGGUGAAGAUUCACCCGUGCUCAAUCAGUCCACGGUGCAUGGCAUAGCGUCUCCCAAUAGAAGGCCCACUAUCUUCGAUGUGUUCCGACCCAGAGCGAAAUCCGAUGCCAAGCGGCAGAAGGAGAAGCACCUGUUGGAUCCCUCUUCCGCAGACAGCAGUGCCACCAGCAGUACGUACUCCGUUUCCGGAGGUACGGCUCCCGCCUCAAGAGCUGAGGCAGCUGGAGCAGCUGCGACGUCGGGUGGAGCGGGAGGAGCCGGUGGCCUUAUGAACUCUAUGAAGGUGGCAAUGCAGAACUUUAGCCAUCGUCAGCAUCCCGCCGUGACGAUAACGAGCGCGGAUGGCACACAAUCCACCGCGAAGAGCAAGUACAAAGACGGCAGUGCACAUCCGCAUCAAGGUAGCGACGCGCAGUAUUACCACACGGUGACGGCGGUGCGUCCAAACUCUUCCCAGCGGUCGCCAAUGACCAAGGUUAUGGAUCUGUUCCGGCAUCGAUCCAGUUCGGUUGUCAGCGAAGCCGACAAACGCAAAGCGCGUGCGGCGGCGCAUCAACAACAGUUGGCUGUACAAAGUGCUCAUAUGCGACGUGCCUCAGCGGAUUUGGAGAAACGCCGUGCUUCACUUGGCGCCGCCGGUCGAGGGCUGCGAGGGGAUGGUACUUUGGAUCCGCACCAUGCAGCCAUCCUUUUCAGAGACUCCAGAGGGUUGCCUGUCGCUGAUCCGUUCCUAGAGAAAGUAAAUCUAUCUGACCUGGAGGAGGACGACUCACAGAUCUUCGUGAAGUUCUUUCGUUUUCACAAGUGCUAUGAUCUAAUACCCACCUCCGCCAAGUUGGUCGUCUUCGACACACAGCUUCUUGUAAAGAAGGCCUUCUACGCCCUCGUCUACAACGGGGUGCGAGCGGCACCGCUCUGGGACUCGGAGAAACAGCAGUUCGUUGGCAUGUUGACCAUCACGGACUUUAUCAAGAUCCUGCAAAUGUAUUACAAAUCGCCAAAUGCGUCCAUGGAGCAGCUGGAAGAGCACAAACUGGACACGUGGCGAAGUGUGCUGCACAACCAGGUGAUGCCGUUGGUCAGCAUCGGACCGGAUGCCUCCCUUUACGAUGCCAUCAAAAUUCUCAUCCACAGCCGCAUACAUCGCCUGCCCGUCAUUGAUCCGGCGACCGGCAAUGUCCUGUACAUCCUGACACACAAACGCAUACUGAGGUUCCUCUUCCUAUAUAUUAAUGAAUUACCAAAGCCCGCGUACAUGCAAAGGAGUUUGCGCGAACUGAAGAUUGGCACCUACAAUAACAUCGAGACCGCCGACGAGACGACAAGCAUAAUCACGGCGCUCAAGAAGUUUGUGGAGAGACGCGUCUCAGCGCUGCCACUGGUGGAUGGCGAGGGACGACUCGUCGACAUCUAUGCAAAGUUUGAUGUGAUUAAUCUCGCUGCUGAGAAAACCUACAACGAUCUCGAUGUGUCGCUACGCAAGGCUAACGAGCACCGAAACGAGUGGUUCGAGGGCGUGCAGAAGUGCAACUUGGACGAGUCGCUGUACACGAUUAUGGAGCGCAUCGUUCGCGCCGAAGUGCAUCGACUGGUGGUAGUCGACGAGCACCACAAAGUGAUCGGCAUCAUCUCGCUGUCGGACAUCCUGCUUUACCUGGUACUGAGACCAAGCGGUGAAGGUGUUGGCGGUUCAGAAAGCUCACUGCGGGCCUCCGAUCCUGUCCUGCUACGCAAAGUGGCCGAGGUCGAGAUACCAGCGGCUGCCACGACGACAACGCCCCCGCCUCGCAGUCCAUCGGCCGGAUCCGGCAAUCGCAGCCUGAUCGAAGACAUACCCGAGGAGGAGCCGGCGCCGACGAGGAGCGAUGAUGCCGAUAGUGAUAAUAAUAAGUCCGCCAGUGAGGAUAAGGCCAACAACAACCAGCACGAUCAGACGACGACGACGACGGCGGUGGCGGCGACAGCUAAUGGUGAUAGCAGUAACAGUCCCGCGGAAGUGUCCUUCGCCGAUGAGGCGCACGAAGAAGAAAACGCCGACCAGGUCGAGCGCAGCAAUUGUGAUGAUGAUGACCAGGCAGCGCUGGCGGAGAUUGAGCGCAAAAAGGCAUCGAUGGACGACGAGGAAGACGAUGGUCUGAGCAGCGCCGUGUCCGCCGCCUCCGCAUUGGGCCAGUCACUGACGCCCGCGGCGCGAGAAAUGGCGUUGGUUAGUGAAUAAACCCAAACCCUUAAUUUAAACACAAGCUUAAGAGAUACAGCUGCUACAAGAGAAACAAAAACAGAAACAGAAAAAGAAUCAAUUGCUAAACAAGAAGAUCUAAGAACCCAAAACACAACAAUAAUGAUAAAUGCAGAGAAAAUUAUAUUUGAAUAUUAAUAGUUGUUAAGGAUAUAUUAUUACAAUUAUGAAAUAUUAUGUAUUUUACAACAACCAACUAAAAGCAAAACAAAAACAAAAAGCUGUUAACAAGAUGUUUAUAUAUACACACAAGAAACGAAAACAAAACAACAAAUUACAUUAGAAUGUCUUUAAAUUUUAAACGAUGUAAUUGAUUAUUAUAUGAUAGUACAGUACAAGUCAAA